AUGGCCCACACGCGGAAGGGCAGUAAAAAGGGUCAUCCCCUGGACUCUCUAACACCACAAGUACCCCGAAGCAAUUAUUUGCACCUUCAGGAAGAGAAACAAAGACUACAAAUGAAGAAAUUCCUCCUUGAUAGGAUAUUUCUAGUCGCCAGCAUACAAGAAAACGUGGACAAAGAAGCAAUAUCGGACUAUUAUGAGCAAGCAUUCCAGACCAUUUUAAAAUAUCACGUAGGAGAAGGAGUAACUGGAUUAUUGCUCAUUUACCCAACUUCCCUUCUGCAUAUCCUUGAGAGCUCUAAUGGUACACUUCUUCGAAUUCUCUUAGAUUAUGUGAACCAUGUGAAAAAUGAUGAAGAGUUCUUGAUCCAAAAUGUGAAAAUUGUAACGGUGUCUCAUGAUAUCCCAACAAGGAUUUUCCAGCACUGGCAUAUUUCCAUCGUAAAAGUACCGGUUAUCUAUCUUGAUGACGUGACUCAGUCGCUCUCCCUAAAUGAGGUCCUCACUGACUUCCUCACCCUGACUCAUAAACUGGGGAUCUACCUCUUCAAGACGGUUAAAGUGGGUGCCAAAGGGCCAGGUGAUAACUUACACCUCGUUGCCCCUGACCUACUUCUCCCAGAACAAAUCAUAAAGUACCUAUGCCGAGCAGAAGAACUAGUGGAUCCAGAAACAUUCCUGAACAUGUACAGUAAACCCAUCCAUGUCACAUUCGAUUCUGAGGUGGUAUGGCCAGCUCCUUCCCAUUUCUAA